AUGUGGCCCGAUGACGAGCCAGUCUUUCCGAACUCCCCUGGAUCUGCGGGGGAUGAUACGGCAGGUUCGUUCGGCUUAGCUGAGGAAUCCGAUGGCUCAUGGGCUAAUCCGUCUUCUGAUCCGGCUGCGGCCGUUACUUCUAUAUCUGCUCCGAUGACUCAUUCCCAGCCUUCGUCGUCAUCGGGGGUUCGAUCGGAAUUGCAGAUGGGUCAUGGUCAGAGAAUGUCUUAUGAGAAUUUCUUGGCAUCGGCCAUAAGCAGGAGCAUCUCCGAGUCUGCUCCGAAGUUUCCGUGGGAGCAGGGCAUUUGGGCUGCUCUGCCGUCUCAUUUGAAGCCAACACUCAAGCAUCACUCUGUGGGAGUCGGAGAUCUUUUUGUUCCUUCUGCUCAGCCGGCUGUGAUGGCUCCGACUUCCAUGCCUAAGCACUCGUAUCCAGACUUCGUCAGGAAGAGGCUUCGUCUUAGCAAUCUACAUCGUGAUGAGUCUGAGGUCCGUGCCUUGCAGCUGAGAAAGCUUCGUACCAUUGUCCUUCAGGACCCUUCUUCAUCAGAAUUGGGUUGUGCCUUGGUCAACGCGGCCGGGGCCCUUCAGGACGAGGAAGUGGUGGCCCGCAGCUUCCGCGAUGCAUUUGUUUCGAAGAGCACCGGCACACUUUUAAAGCGAGUUUCUUCUUUGUGGAGCUGCUGCUGCUUCCUCAACGACAAAGGGGUUCCUCCUUUGGAUUUCCAGGAGGAGAUUCUUUAUGAGUACCUGAGCCUUCUUAGGGAGCAGAAACGGGGAGCUACGGCCGCCUCGUCGGUGCUCUCUGCCAUUAGGUUCAUUCAUGGGGUUGUUAAGAUCAAGGGUCUACCGAAGGAGGUCGAGUUCUCAUCGCGGUGCGAAGGUCUGGCUCGUGGGGAGAUGGCUCGGAAGAGGCCCACCAAACAAUCCGAGGUCCUCACGGCUGACCAGGUGUGGGCCCUCGAGAAGCAUGUGGUUGAUUCUGCCCCCAGCCUGGAUUCUUUGAUAGGGGGCCAGGAUCUUUUCGCCCUCUACUCGUGUGCUAGGUGGGAUGAUUCUCUCCAUCUGGCUGAUAUCUCUCUUUCGAGUGCUGGUCGCAUCUACUUGGUAGAAACUGCAACUUCAAAACACAAGACUUCGCAUGCUGCACGUGACAGGUCGAUUUUGCUCCCCUUGAUAUGUUUAGGGAGGGGCCUCUACCAUAAGCCGUGGGCGGAUGCUUGGUUAGCUUCGCGCCGUCACUUCGGCCUCGACUCGACGGGCCCUGCUUUGCCAACUUACUGCGAGAGGACUGGCAAAUUCGGCAAGGCGCCUAUGUCUUCCACCGAGGCUACUUUGUGGCUUCGCGACCUCUUGUGCAAGGCGGGAUCGUCGCCCAGUGAAGUCGAGGACAUCACAUCUCAUGGUUUGAAGGCCACGCUUCUUUCAUGGAUAAGCAAACUUGGAGGGUGGAGCGAGCGUGAUCAAAAGCUGAUGGGCCACCAUUUCGAUAGGGAGUCCAGGUCUGUGCUCAUCUACAGCAGAGACAGCUACACUCCGCUCGCCGUCCAGACUCGCCGCUUGUUGGACAAGAUCCUCGAUGGCUCCUUUUCUCCUGAUCGCGGGAGGGCUCGCCGAGUCAUGGAGCUUCUAGGUGAGACUUCAGGCGAAGAGGAGGACCCCGACUUAGGUGAGUACGUACCUUCUGAGUCUGGAUCCGAGCCGGACUUGAACGACAUUGAUCCCUCGACAGCUUUUGAGCCGAGUGACCGCGUGAAGGAGAUCGCGGUCCCUGAAUCGCUGGCUUCGGUUCCUCGACAGCACUUGUAUGUCCACAACAUCUCUGGGAUCAUGCACGCAAGUUUUGACCUGCAGAAACUUUUGUGCGGCCGCCCCCUCAAUCGUCAUUACUCCGGCUUGGAGGAUGUGACUUCGCAAGAGGGAGAUGUGCAGGCCUGCAAGCACUGUAGCGUAGUUUUCUCGAAGGACUGA